AUGGCCAUGCGAGUCACUCAUCUCCACCUCCCUUCCUCGAACGUGAAGCUCUUCUAUCGCGAACAGGGGCUUGCCACGUCACCCGUUCUCCUCAUGCUUCAUGGCUUUCCAUCUUCUUCCCACCAGUAUCGCAAAUUAAUACCACUCUUAUCGCAAAAAUACCGACUGAUUGCGCCCGAUCUUCCCGGCUUCGGUUUCACAGAGGCGCCGUCCGAGUUCAAGUACAGUUUUGCCACAUUAGCCGAUACUAUUGCGGAAUUCUUGGAUGCAUUGUCCAUUUCCAAGUUUGCGAUAUAUAUAUUUGACUAUGGGGCGCCUGUUGCUCUGCGUAUCGCAUUAAAACGGCCAAAUGCCAUAACGGCAAUCGUCACCCAGAGCGGUAAUGCGUACGAAGAAGGCCUGGGGUCAUUUUGGGACCCGAUCAAAGACUAUUGGUCCAGUGGCAACUCUUCCAACAUAAGAUCAAAACUGAAACAAGCCUUGCUGACUUUCGAGGCCACCAAGUGGCAGUAUGAAGAGGGAAGUACGGACCUACAUAAGAUCAUGCCAGAGUCAUACUGGUUAGAUUAUGUUCUCCUGCAACGUCCCGGCAAUGCAGAUAUUCAGCUGGAUCUUUUCAAAGAUUAUGAAAACAAUGUGAAACUUUAUCCCGAGUUCCAAAAAUACUUUCGUCAGACUCAGGUCCCACUUUUGGCAGUGUGGGGUCAAAAUGACCCUAUAUUUUCUGUUGCCGGCGUGCAUCCUUUUAUAAGGGACUUACCGGGCGCAGAGAUUCACUUACUUGAUGCCGGACAUUUUGCUGCGGAAACUGAUCCGGAAAUUAUCGCACAUCUAGUCCUGGCCUUCUUUGAAAAGAAAAAGGUUGGUGCGCAAGUAUGA